AUGCUUUUGGAAUCUAGACGGUCGCUCAGAAGAGCAGUUGUGGUAUUUGCAAUUAUAUUUGUGAUUUACCUCGUCUCUGUUUCCAAUGGUAACAUCUCGAACACAUUGGAUGCAAACUAUUUGUUUUCUAGUACUGACGACUAUACAAUCAAAUAUAAUACCAAAUUAAUGAAUCAGCCGCAAAUAUCUGAGGAUGGUACUUCUGAUGAAGUUCAAGAACCUAAGGGACCAAUGACAUGGGAAGAAGUCGAAAAAGCGCUUACAUUUGACAAGGAUGUUUUCAAAAAUAUUGAAAAUAACAUUGUUGAGAAUAAUAUGAAUUUUUUUAGGGAAGUAUAUUCCAAGAGAAUCACCGAGCCUAAAUUUGCAGAAUUAACUUACAGUCAAUAUGUUGAUAAAAAGGGUAACAAGAAAUUCCUAACCCAAGAUGAAUACCCAAGGGCUAAUGCAACUUUGUUAACCCUAGUCAGAAAUGAAGAGUUGGAAGACAUUAUAUAUACAUUAAGGCAACUUGAAACCAAGUGGAAUCAUAAAUUUCACUAUCCUUAUACUUUUAUUAAUGACCAGCCCUUUACUGAGGAGUUCAAGGAAACUGUCAAAAGACAUACUGUUUCUGAUUGUUACUUUGAGGUGAUCCCACCAGAGAUGUGGAACAAACCUGACAAUAUUGAUCCUGAUAUUGAGGCAGAAAAAAUUGGAAAAUUGAAAGCUAAGGGUGUUCAAUACAUUGAUAAGGUGUCUUAUCACAAUAUGUGUAGAUUCAAUUCCGGUUAUUUCUACCAAAUGGAUAGACUAAAACAAUUCAGAUGGUACUGGAGAUUUGAACCUGCCACAGAUUACUAUUGCUCUGUUGAUUAUGAUCUAUUCAAAUUUAUGGAAGAUAAUAACAAAACAUAUGGGUUCACCAUCUCUCUAUAUGAUAAUCCAUUAACAGUCGAGACCCUAUGGCCCGUCACUCUAAACUUCUUGAAAAAGCACCCAGAGUACGUUCAUCCAAAUGGUGCAUUUAAGUGGCUAACUGAGAAUGUUCAACAUCCAGACUAUGUUGAAAUCACCGGUGGAUAUUCCACUUGCCAUUUCUGGUCCAAUUUUGAAAUCGGUGACAUGGAUUUCUACAGAGGUGAAGCUUACUCUGCUUGGAUGGAUGCCUUAGAAGAGGCUGGUGGCUUUUACUAUGAACGAUGGGGUGAUGCACCAGUCCAUUCAGUUGGUUUGGGUUUAUUUGAGGACAGAUCCAAGAUUCACUGGUUUAGAGACAUUGGUUAUCAUCAUUCUCCAUACAAGAAUAUCCCUAAUUCGGACAAGUGUGAGGCGCCAGAAGAUUCAGGUUACUUUGCGCCAGAAGAUGUGUACGACCAAAAUUGUUUAAGUAACUGGAUCAGACUCGAAAUGACCAAUAAGGAAUUACAGUCAUACUAG